AUGCUGUCACUGUCUGCUAUGAUGCAGCUGGAGCUUCCCCACAUCAACGUGCUGUCCAAGAUUGACAUGGUCAUGGACCACACCGAUGACUUGACCUUCAGCUUGGACUACUAUGCAGGUGUCUCCGACCUUUCACAGCUGCUGUGGACGCUUCAGACGAACAAGCAUCCUCUGAGUACGAAGUUCAAAGCCUUCAACAGGCUACUGGCAGAGCUCAUCGAAGACUAUGGCCUCGUCAGCUUCGAACCUCUGGACAUCGAGGACAAAGAGUGCGCUCUGCGCGUGCUGGGCCGUUGCGAUACGGCCAACGGCCAUGUGAUGAACGCCGAGAAGGUCGAG